GCGGGGCGCGGCUGCGCCUGUUUGGCGGCGGCAGCGGCGGCGGCGCGGGGAGCGGCGGCGGCGCUCAAUGUCUUAGCGAGCGGCGGCAGCGGGCGAGGCGGGGCCCCUCCAUGCGGGGGCCGCGGGGCCGCAGCGCUCUGGCCGCCUUCACGGUGUUGGUGCUGUUCGGCGGGGUGGCGGCGGGCGGCCCGGAGCCGCUGCCGGGCGAUGCCGCGGCUGGGGAGGCCGCUUUUGGAUUGGGGGCGGCCGCCGCGCCCGCCGCUUUGACGGCCGGUUCCGCAGACGUGACAGUGGAGGACGAUGAGGCCGGAGUGGCUCCCACGGCGCCCGGCGAGCAGGAGCCCGAGGGGAGCGGAGAGGCCCGAACCGGCGGCAGAUCUCUAAUAAUUAUCAGCACUUUGGAUGGACGAAUUGCUGCACUGGAUCCAGAAAACAGUGGAAGGAAACAGUGGGAUCUGGAUGUAGGAUCAGGUUCUCUUGUGUCAUCCAGUCUCAGUAAACCAGAGGUAUUUGGAAAUAAGAUGAUAAUCCCUUCCCUGGAUGGGGACCUUUUCCAAUGGGAUCGGGAUCGAGAGAGCAUGGAAGCAGUUCCUUUCACAGUUGAAUCUCUUCUUGAGUCAUCCUACAAAUUUGGUGAGGACGUUGUUUUAGUUGGGGGAAAGUCUUUGACGACCUAUGGGCUGAGCUCAUACUCAGGGAAGGUGAGGUACAUCUGCUCAGCCAUGGGCUGUCGCCGGUGGGAUGAUGAUGAAACAGAACAGGAAGAGACACUCCUACUACACCGAACCCAGAAGACAGUUCGUGCAGUGGGACCACGCAGUGGCAAUGAAAAGUGGAAUUUCAGCGUUGGUCACUUUGAGCUGCGCUAUGUCCCAGAUAUUGAAACUAGAGCAGGAUAUAUUGAGAGCAAUUUUAAAUCAAAUAUGAACAAAGAAGAAACAAAAAUAAUUUCAGAUGUCGAUGAGCAGGAAGCUAUGAUGAAAGAUACAGUGAUAAAGGUCUCAGUAGCUGACUGGAAAGUGAUGGCUUUUAACAAACGAGGAGGACAUCUGGAAUGGGAAUACCAGUUUUGCACUCCAAUUGCUUCUGCGUGGCUUGUUAAGGAUGGCAAAGUAAUUCCAAUCAGUCUGUUUGAUGACACAAGCUACACUGCGAGCAAUGAAGUACUGGAAGAUGAAGAAGAUCUUGUGGAAGCUGCAAGAGGAGCCACGGAAUCAAGUGUCUAUUUGGGUAUGUACAGAGGCCAGCUGUAUCUUCAGUCAUCAGUCAGAAUUUCUGAGAAAUUCCCAACAAAUCCAAAAGCUCUGGAAUCCAGAAACGAUAAUUCAAUUAUUCCUCUUCCCAAAAUUAAAUGGAAACCUUUAAUCCAUUCUCCUUCCAGGACUCCAGUGUUGGUUGGGUCUGAUGAGUUUGAUAAGUGUCUCAGCAAUGACAAGUAUUCUCAUGAAGAGUACAGUAAUGGAGCACUUUCAGUCCUGCAGUAUCCGUAUGAUAAUGGUUAUUACUUACCCUACUAUAAGAGAGAGAGAAAUAAGCGUAGCACCCAGAUCACUGUUAGAUUUUUUGAUGAUACGAAUUACAAGAACAUUCGCAAAAAAGAUCCUGUUCUUCUGCUUCACUGGUGGAAAGAAAUUGUUGGCACCAUUGUAUUUUGCAUCGUGGCCACAACUUUUAUCGUGCGGAAGCUUUUCCAUCCCCAUCCUUACAGCAGACUGCGGAAGGAAUCUGAAACACAGUGUCAGACUGAUAAUAAAUAUGAGCCCACUUGUGGAGAUGUUAAAGAUACCAGCUGGAGCGACGUCAAGAACUCUGGAUAUGUGUCAAGAUAUCUAACAGAUUUUGAACCAAUUCAGUGUCUGGGUCGUGGAGGUUUUGGAGUAGUUUUUGAAGCCAGAAAUAAAGUGGACGACUGCAACUAUGCUAUCAAAAGGAUCCGUUUACCUAACAGGGAGCUGGCUCGUGAAAAGGUGAUGCGAGAAGUCAAGGCUUUGGCUAAACUUGAACAUCCAGGUAUUGUUCGAUAUUUCAAUGCAUGGCUGGAAGCUCCACCUGAAAGAUGGCAGGAAAAGAUGGAUGAACAGUGGUUAAAAGAUAUCAGCACUGACUGGCCACUCAGUUCUCCCAGUCCAAUGGAUGUCCCGUCAUUUAAGAUCAGAACAGAGCCGUUUUCUACAAAGGAGCACAUUGAAGUUAUUGCUACUUCGUCGGAGGGAGUAAGGUCUGUGGGAAUACGCUGUGGUCAGUCCGAAUCAUCUGGAAGCCAGUUUUCUCCUCUGGAAUUUUCUGCCACGGACAACAGGGACUUACACCAGUCAGAAGAUCCACUGUUAAACCUUCAGGACAGCGUUCUUACGGGCUGUGAUGUAGAAGACGCUACAGUCAGCAAAUACAAGCUGGGUCACUCCUUGGAAAUUUGUUCUUCAGCUGUUCCUGUUGUACAUCUGAGGGAGGGGACCUCCUCUUCUAUUGUGUUUGAGGAUUCCGGUUGUGGAAAUGCUUCUAGUAAGGAAGAUAAAAUUGAUGUUUCACAUGAUGAAAGUCUUUCUGAGAAUAAGGCAAAAAGUACAAAGGAAUCCAAUAACCAGAAAUCUGCUUCAGGAAGUCCCCUCUCUGUUUCUCCGCCAAGGCCGACAAGUUUAAGCCUGGACCUUUCUAAAAAUGUUACAGAAAAAGUCAAGCCCACCUCUCCAAAGGUAUAUCUUUACAUCCAGAUGCAGCUCUGCCGGAAAGAGAACCUUAAAGACUGGAUGAGCAGAAGAUGCAUGAUAGAGGAGAGGGAAAGGACAGAGUGCCUGCAGAUAUUUCUGCAGAUAGCUGAAGCGGUUGACUUUCUGCAUAGCAAAGGAUUAAUGCACAGGGAUCUCAAGCCUUCCAAUAUAUUUUUCACAAUGGAUGACGUAGUAAAAGUUGGGGAUUUUGGACUGGUAACUGCUAUGGACCAAGAUGAAGAGGAGGAAUCGGUACUUACCCCAAUGCCAGCUUAUGCCAGGCACACAGGACAAGUAGGAACCAAACUCUACAUGAGCCCAGAACAGAUCUGUGGGAACACGUACUCACACAAAGUGGAUAUUUUUUCUUUGGGACUGAUUCUGUUUGAGCUGCUUUACCCUUUCAGCACACAGAUGGAGAGAGUCAGGACCUUAAGCGAUGUUAGAAAUUUGAAGUUUCCACCAUUGUUCACUCAGAAAUAUGCACAAGAGUACACCAUGGUCAAGGACAUGCUCUCUCCAAGUCCCACUGAAAGACCAGAGGCUGCAGCAAUCAUAGAAAAUCCUGUAUUUGAAGACUUGGAACUCCCACCAAAACCAGUGCUUAGGCAGAGGUCACGGACAAUGAGUUUAUCAGGAAAUAAGCAUUCAAGACAACCAAGCAAAUAAUUAUCCUCAGGAUCACUUCUUCCACUCGGCAGGUUUUUACAGGGAUUGUUCAGCAGAAGGAUCCUAUGAUGCAGAAUGUCUAUCUUGGAAAUAGUUUACUUAAACUUUUUUUUUGCCAUCUUUAAUGUAUAAGGUGUGUUGGACAGAUUCUUGUUUACUUUUACAGCAAAUGAAAGCCAGUAACCACUUUUCACAUUCCAUUUUUCUUACCUUGACUCUCCUAGGCGGAUGAGUCCAGCUACUGUGCUUACCAAUGUUGUGCUCCAUUAUCGUUUUUUUUGGGUUGUUUGGGGUUUUUUGAAGCUUGUAAAUGUCAGCUUGCUGGGUAAGUGAGAGAUCUGUAACAUGUAAAUAGAAUUAAAGUACUGUAUUUUUAUAGAGCAAAUUACAGUCUCUAAGCCUAGUGAGUAUCUAUCUGAAUCACUUGCUCUUUGGUGAAAUGAAGAUGAUUUUGAAAUGAACUAUGACUCCAUUUUUGUCCCUGGUGGGUAAACUGGGAAUCUGCACUAUUUUUAAAGCAAAAAAUUACCACAGUUGUAUAUACCGUCACUCUCCAUAGCCAGUCAUUAGAGGAAACCAUUUCAUACUUCUGCACUAUAGUAGGUCUUAGGGAAUGCAUUUUAUACAGAUAAACCUGUAGAGAAGGAAAAGGAGCUUUUUGCCAUUAAAAAAGGGCGUUUUAUAGGCAGUGGUUGGAAGAGCCAUAGUAAAAAUUAUGUACUAAAAUGUUGUGAUUCUGAAAAUUUAAGCCUAAUUAAGUCAUACGUGUCGUAUGUAAUCUUGUAGAUUUGUACUUUUUAAAAGAUCGACCGGUAGGCAUUUGUGUAAUCUGCUAAUUUAACUGCCUAAUGCCAUGCUUUUAUUUCUCAUUGUAAAUAUGUUAAUUUUUAUUUAUAAAAUACAGAAUCAAUCCAUUUGGGUUGGUGGUGUACAGAAUGCACUUUCUGUAAUUGCUGAGUGCGUUAAUUAUUGUGACUUCUUUCAAGUCUAAAUGAUUUAAUAAACUUUUUUUAUUUAUAAAAAAACAAUAUUAGUUGCUUCUCUUCAAAGUCUGCCUCGGUGGAUGCUGAUGGGAGCCUUGUGCAGGUGGAACAGGAGGAUGGGCGCUGCGUUUUGCUUCGCUUUCCUGCCUCGUACUUGCCACCAUACAUGUGGUGAUGCAAAGCUGCAUAUGCUGCUUGGAAGCGAGAUAAUGGCUGAAGAAAGAGGGGAACUGAGCUCUUAAACUGAGUGGAGGCAAUCUCUGAACUGUUAACAGAGAGGGAAGUCUGGAAGAGAUAUUUCUAACAUUGAUUUCUUAAGCUCAUUUCCACUCUAAAUCCAUAUUCCUGUUCUACAGGCUUAAAUUUUUGAAGUUGUAGGCUCUGAAAGCAGUUUCUUAAAAAGGCGAUCGAUUCAAAUCCUUCUGGGUAUUGCUGUACUGUGGUGGGACACUACGACUGGCAAUUGAACCAGCUGACACUCUGCAGCCUUAUGGUAGAGCAAGAGCGGGUUACGAAGGUUGUCUUUCUUGUGUCCUUGGAUAACUGUUUGUCCAGUUGAAGCCAGAAUGCUGCAGUGAGUAGUUGGUCAGAAACAGAACUUCAUUGUGUUAAGCUGGGUUAAAACAAGAUACAAAACAAGUGUGUCCUCUUCCCUUGGAUUUCCCUGUUCAUGUCAGCUAUAAAUGCAUAGUUCAGUGACCGCGUUUGAGGCUUCUCUGGCUUCCCUGCCAGUCGGUGAUUACAGCUGGAGCACAGGAAAUGCAGGAUAAAGAAUCUUUAUCUUGCUUUCUGUCUGUGCUGGAUAUAAGUAGCCGCCUGGUCCAAGGGCCCUGCGGCAUUUCAGUACUAAAAAUGGUCUACACGUUCACACUAUGUGUGUCUACAAAUUCUGGGAUGUUGCACUUCUCAAAGGUAUGUCCAAAUCCUACCCUGUGUGGUGCAUGCUCAGCCACAAAAGCACCUGGUGCCACUUAGCCUGGAACUACCUGUGCCAGUGUCCUUUUCCUUUGCUUCCCACUGGAUGCUGCAGUGUGUCAUCCUUGUCUUUGCUCCUUCUUUGGCUUCAGGCUUUGACUAAGAAAACCUUUUCCAUAAUGAGAGUAUUUCUGUGAACUCAGGUCUUGGCUGCAAGCACUCAUUUCCCUGCCUCCGGCAGCUCCACUUGCUCUGCCCUACCACUGGGGGAAAAGGGUGCUUCCCUGUGCUAUGAAAUAGCUCCUGGGCUUCAACACCACGAUCCGACCGGCUCUUCAGCACCAGGCUACCCCGACGGAUGCACCCCUCAUGUUGUUCUUUUUUUAAGUCGGGUUUGAAUUAUACUGCACUUCCCUGUUAUGCCCCUGUCCUUCUGCUGGAUGAUAUACAAACGAAUGGUCAACCGUGACUAAAAGCCUGAAGGUCUUUGAUCUAAGGUGCCUUUGGUCUAUGCUCACAUCCUGAAAGGGACACCAGCAAAGGAGGGCUUUUCUCACGUCUGUACAGAGGACAGCAGGAGCUUUCCACCUGCGCUGUGAGAUCCCAGUCUUUACACAACAGUUCUGGUGGCAAAAACAUCUGGUGGCUCACAGACAAUUUUAUCUUAACUUCUUUCAGUUAUCUAGAAAACAACUUUCUGACUGUCUCAGGUCUUCUAGUGGCCAUGGAAAUUGGUGCGUACCUUCCUGCUGGCUUUUUUUUUGCAGAGGGACACCUGAAUAUGGAGGCUAAAACAGCUGCCAGCUUACAGCCCUGCAACAGGGGAGCUCUGGUCUUGAGCUCUGUGGUCCUGGCCUGCUCUUGCCUGUCCCUCAGCUUCAUUCCUCUCAUAGUUCUUGGUGCUGAAACACAAUUCCUUGUUCUAUUUUAUCAAAGCAAACUGAGUGGCAGAAGCAAGAAUCUUGCCCCCAUCCACCUUUAUGGCCACUGGAACUAGAUGCUUCCCCCCAGAACAAGGGCAGGGUUGUGUAGUUAUUCUCCUUUCUGCUUCCAUGGUGUUGUUGGACUUGUAGCAGCUGGGAGGCCUGAUCCACUCCCUGAAGAGUCAUUUGACAGAAGUACCAGUGUUGCAACGCCAAGUCAGCGCUGUUUCUUCUACCAGGCUCCUAAGAGAGAACUUCUGACCCCCGUACCAAUGUCUUCAGCAGCUGAGCUGCUCCAGGCAGUAGCUGCUUGCUUUUUGCUACACCUCUGAAGAGAGUCCUCUGCUGCCUUUGAGCUGAAAGAGCUAAAGGACUUGAGACUUUUACUAACUCCCUCUUUUUUUUUAUUUUUUUAUUUACUAACAAAUAGACAUUCUUCACCCAUCUGAGUGCCUCCAUCCAGCAGUUUUAGCAUUAAACGUUAACUUGGAUAUCUUUCUUCUGUUUGCUCUCCUUCCAGGCUACAGAAGCCUUGGCUAUCUCAAGUAGGUGAUUGAGCACUCAGAAAAAGCUAUUUUAGAAACCACCUUCAAAGUGUUUCAUGUCCACAAAAGAUCAGUCUAAGAGCAGACUCUGAGUGUGGUGACUCCCCCAUGUAAACCAGCAUGAGGCCCCACCAGAACCAUGAUGGGGGAAGGGAUGGCUGUUGUCGGAGCGGUCACUAGUCCUGCCAUGACCCUGCUACAGAAAAGCUGUGGUCCUGAAGACUCAGCUCCUGCUUUUACUCCUCUAGAAUGCU